GCAUCUCUAGGCAAAUCCUAUACAGAAUUCCCAGGCCCGCGAGUUCUCGCUGCAUCAGCAUUCACCAGAAUCUUCGCCAGCAAUACACCACCUAACAAGCGCAACGGCGUCGUCCCAUCGCUGCGCCCGCCGUUUCCAUCGUCGUCAGCAGUAGCAGCAGGAGCAGGAGAGGCGGAGCCACUGUGGCAUUAUGGCCCUAACUAAUCGGGAUCGGGAACGGGGCUCUGGGCCAUUGCCCAAUCGCUGGCUGUACUGUCCGCGCAAGAGCGAUACCAUCAUUGCGGAACGCUUCCUGGCCUUUAAGACGCCACUAAGCAGUAAAUUUCACGACAAGAUGCCCAUCGAGUGCACGUUUCAACCCGAAAUGCUUUUCGAAUACUGCAAGACGCUCAAGGUGAAACUGGGACUCUGGGUUGACCUGACCAACACGAAACGAUUCUACGAUCGGUCCGCGGUGGAGGAGCUCGGCGCUAAGUAUAUUAAGCUCCAGUGCCGUGGACAUGGCGACGCGCCAUCGCUGGAACAGACGCACAGUUUCAUCGAGAUCGUGGACAACUUCAUUAACGAGCGUCCAUUCGACGUUAUAGCCGUGCACUGCACGCACGGCUUCAACCGCACUGGCUUCCUGAUCGUCUGCUACAUGGUCGAGCGACUUGACUGCUCCGUUUCGGCAGCGCUCGCUAUCUUUGCUAGCGCUCGGCCGCCGGGCAUCUAUAAGCAGGACUACGUCAACGAGCUGUACAAGCGCUACGAGGACACGAACGUCGCUCCAGCGGCACCAGAACAGCCCAAUUGGUGCAUCGACUAUGAUGAUGGCAACGGCGAUGGUUAUGUGCAGGACAACAGCUCAUCCACGUCACAGCAGGCCGGCGAGCAGGAUGAUGAGGCCGAGGAGGUGGAUGGAGAGGAUGCGGACGGCGACUGUGACGCCUCCACGUCGGACGGUCAGCCGCGAAAGAAGCGACGGCGCGAGAUGAUCGUUAAGAAUGCCACCUUUAUGGCGGGAGUGCCGGGCGUGCGACAGGUGAGCGACCAGCCGCGCCUGGGCGAUCUACAGCGGAAGGUGCAGGACUGGUGCGACUGGAAGAAGAACGGCUUCCCCGGAGCACAGCCCGUAUCCAUGGACAGGGAGAACAUAAAGCGGCUCAGCGAGAUACCCUAUCGGGUGUCGUGGAAGGCGGACGGUACACGUUAUAUGAUGCUCAUCGAUGGAAAGGACGAGGUAUACUUCUUCGAUCGCAACCACUCCUGUUUCCAGGUGGAGAAUGUGACAUUCGUGGAGAGCAGGAACCUAAACGAGCACCUCGACGGCACUCUCGUCGACGGGGAGAUGGUGCUGGACAAGAUCGGCGAGACCGUAACGCCGCGCUACCUCAUCUACGACAUUGUGCGACUAUCGAAUCGCGAUGUACGGGAAGAGCCAUUCUAUCCAAAUCGACUGGACUACAUUAAGACGGAAGUUAUAGGUCCCCGAAUCCUGGGCAUGAAGCAUGGCAUCAUCAAUCAGCGCCUGCAGGCCUUCAGUGUGCGGGGCAAGGACUUCUGGGACAUUUGGAUGUCUGCCCGGCUGCUCGGCGAGAAAUUCUCGCGGACACUGGCACACGAACCGGAUGGCCUCAUCUUCCAGCCAUCCAAGCAGCCAUACACGGCUGGCACGUGCUUCGACGUCUUCAAAUGGAAGCCACAUGAGCUUAACUCGGUGGACUUUCGGCUCAAGAUCAUAACAGAGCGUGGCGAGGGAUUGCUGACGAAAAAGGUGGGCUUCCUAUAUGUCGGCGGACGCGAUGCACCCUAUGGACGGAUGCAAAAGUUGACGAAGGAGACCAGGGAAUUGGACAACAGAAUCGUCGAGUGCACCAUGAAUCAGUUUGGCAACUGGGAGUUUAUGCGCGAGCGAACGGACAAAAAGAAUCCCAACAGUUAUACUACAGCCCGCUCCGUUGAGGACAGCAUAAGGCAUCCAGUCACCAAGGAGUACCUAUUAAACUUUAUCGCGAGCUCUGGCUAUCGGAAUGAUCAUGCCAUGAUGCCGCCGCCGAUCAAUUCCCAUAACCCUACCCAAAACCAUAACCACAACCACUUCUAUGCCCAAGGCAAUGGCCACCACCAGGGACGUCCCUGUGUAAACCCGACAUUAGGAAAUUAAUCAGCGCGUAAUACAAAUAAAUUUAAUCUUGAGUUAUAUAUCGAAAAA